AUGGGAAAGAAAUCUGCCACCUCUUUAACCUCCUCGUCGCCGCCUUCGUUGUGGCGGCGAUAUCGAUUGGCACUCGUCAUUAUCUCCUUGCUGGCUCUCACAUGGCUGCUUUUUGACCACCAAUCCCUCACCCUGGAGGACCAGGUAAUGGUGUCCAGGUUGAAUAAGGAGCUGACAAUUUUGAAGAAUCAGUUACAAAAUGUGAGGAAGCAGAUAAGAGGGUGGAGCAUUGUUGAAGAGGAUGAUCCUGUCAAUGUAGAACGACGAAAUGCCGUUAGGGAUGCCAUGAUUCAUGCUUGGACUUGUUAUGAAAAGUAUGCGUGGGGUCAUGAUGAACUUCAGCCACAGACGAAGGACGCUACUGACAGUUUCGGUGGUCUUGGAGCAACUUUAGUGGAUUCUCUUGAUACAUUGUACAUAAUGGGUCUUGACCAGCAAUUUCAAAGAGCUAGAGAGUGGGUUGCAAGCUCGUUGGAUUUCAACAAGAAUUACGGGGCUAGUGUUUUUGAGACAACCAUAAGAGUUAUAGGUGGACUUCUUAGCGCAUAUGAUCUGUCAGAAGACAAACUCUUCCUUGACAAGGCUAGAGAUAUUGCAGAUAGGUUGCUGCCUGCAUGGGAUACACCUUCUGGAAUCCCCUACAACAUAAUCAACUUGAUGUAUGGUGAUGCCCAUAACCCUAAGUGGGCAGGGGGAAAAAGUAUUCUGGCAGAUGCUGCUUCGGAACAGCUUGAAUUUAUUGCUCUAUCUCAAAGGACAAAAGAUCCCAAGUACCAGCAGAAGGUGGAAUAUGUCAUUAAAGAAUUUCAUAAAAUCUUCCCUGCUGAUGGAUUGCUUCCCAUAUAUCUUGAUCCUCACACUGGAACAAUGUCAAAAUCAAAAAUUACAUUUGGUGCCUUGGGGGAUAGUUUUUAUGAAUAUCUACUCAAAGCUUGGAUUCAAGGAAACAAAACAGCAGCCGUAAAACACUACAGAGAGAUGUGGGAGACAUCAAUGGAAGGUCUAAAAAGCUUGACUCGGAGGACAACACCAUCUUCAUUUGCAUACAUAUGCGAGAAGAUUGGAAACUCGCUAAUUGACAAGAUGGAUGAAUUAGCCUGCUUUGCUCCUGGCAUGCUGGCUCUAGGAUCUUCUGGCUAUGACCCUGGCCAAGCUGAAAAGAUGUUAUCCCUUGCUGAAGAGCUUGCAUGGACUUGUUAUAAUUUCUAUCAGAGAACACCUACAAAAUUGGCUGCGGAGAACUAUAACUUUCUCGCUGGACAGGACAUGACGGUGGGAACAACAUGGAACAUUUUGAGGCCUGAGACUAUUGAGUCACUUUUCUACCUAUGGCGGUUAACUGGGAACAAAACUUACCAAGAAUGGGGUUGGAACAUUUUCCAAGCAUUUGAAAAUAACUCUCGUACAGAUACAGGAUAUAGUGGACUUAAAGAUGUAAGUAGAGGUGAUAAAGACAAUAUGAUGCAGACCUUCUUCCUUGCAGAAACGCUGAAGUAUCUCUACCUCCUCUUUUCACCUCCGUCGUUCAUCUCUUUGGACGAAUGGGUGUUUAACACAGAAGCCCACCCACUACGAAUUGUGACUCAAACAUGGUAA